ACCUUUCAUCCCCAGUCCAUGGUCCUCUUAUCAAACUACACACACACGCACAGAGUGUAAAACAUGGAGCAGAAGAGGAUCCUGUGUGUCGGGUUGGUGUGUUUGGACAUCAUUAACGUGGUGGAUAAAUUUCCGGAAGAGGACACGGACACCAGAUGUGUGUCCCAGAGGUGGCAGCGAGGUGGGAACGCCUCAAACUCCUGCACGGUUCUGUCUCUGCUUGGUGCUCCCUGUGCCUUCAUGGGUUCUCUGGCUGCAGGACCAAUUGCUGACUUCAUCGUGGGUGAUUUUAGCCGCCGCGGUGUGGAUAUUUCUGGUGUAGCAUGGCAGCAGUGUGGCGUGACGCCGUGUGCGUGUUGUAUUGUUUGUCAAAAGUCAGGUUCCCGCACCGUGGUUCUCUAUGACAUAAACCUGCCUGAUGUUUGUGCAGACGAUUUCUCACAGCUGGAUCUCAGUCAGUAUCGGUGGAUUCACUUUGAGGGUCGUAACGCUGAUGAACAGGUGAAGAUGAUUGAACAGGUGAAAAGCUACAAUGCCACACAGGAAGAGAAGAACAGGAUCACCAUCUCCGUGGAGAUCGAGAAAACCCGCCCCUCUCUCUAUCAGCUCUUCCCCCACGGAGACGUGGUGUUUGUGAGUAAAGACGUGGCGCUGCAUUUCGGGUUUCAGUCGGCGUCCAGUGCACUGAAGGGGUUUUACAGCCAAGUGAAAGACGGGGCCGUGCUGAUCUGUGCCUGGGCCGAGAAAGGUGCCGAUGCGAUGGGUCCUGAUGGUACUGUAGUGCACUCUGACGCUUUUCCUCCUGAGAAACUGGUGGACACACUCGGAGCUGGAGACACUUUUAACGCCUCGGUCAUUUACACCCUGUCUAACGGAGGGUCUUUACAGGAAGCGCUCACAUUUGGCUGCCAGAUUGCGGGAAAGAAAUGCGGUGUUCACGGCUACGAUGGGAUCCUUCAGUGAAAACAGAGCUGAAGAUGCAGAUGUUCAGGAAAAUCACGUGCGGUUUAAACGCCACGUUCCUGCCGAUCAGAAGCUUUAACAACAUCAAUAUACAAUCUUUACGGUAAAAUGGCGUUCAUUUAGAAGCAGGUGUUUGGGCCUCGUUCCAAAUCUUCACUUAUAACACACCCUUGUACAUUGCCGUUAGUUGAGUUCCCUUUUAAGGGCGUAAGGGGAAGAGGGUCAGAUGAGGGACUUUUAUAUUUCCAAGAAUAUUUAAUUCCUCCAACUCUUUUUUUUUUCUUUCCCUGCACACUGAUGAUGAUGUCACUAAUUUACUUUAGCAAUUUAUCCAAAUAUCAGCUAUAUAAAUAUCGAGUGAACUUAUUAGCAUGCUAAUCAGCUAUUAGGCUAGCUAGUAAAUUAUCGAGCUGAUGCGACUCUGUACAAACAAACCUGACCAAAACGUUUCCCUGUGAAAUCUCAGUGUGAGAUAUUGAUGUAUUUAUUUAAAAAAAACAAACACUGGAUAUUAAACACAUUUUUUUUUUAAAAAAUGAGCCUAUUCAAUCAAUUCAUCUGUUCUUUACAUUUCACUGAAUACAUGUGAGAAAUUCUACACAAAUAUUCAUUAAAAGUAUAAAAAAUAAACAUAAAACCGCUUUUGCUCUGCGUUCAGCAUCUCAACGUCACACACAGUCGCUUCAGUUCCAGGAUCAUCAUCAUCAUCAUCAUCAUCAUCAUUAUCAUAAUGAAGAAAGUGCAUGAGAAAUAAAAGUAUAAAAGAAUAUAAGCACAUAAAAACAAAAGAAUUAAUUAACAAAGAG